CAAAACACUUCGCCAUGCUUGUAGCAGUGCAGGGCUGCUCCCAUGGCAGCCUCACGGCCAUCUACGACACGGUCGCUCAGUUUGAAGCGCGCAAGGGGCAAAAGGUCAAGCUCCUCCUCCUAUGCGGCGACUUCCAGGCGCUGCGAUCAAGACACGACUUUGCAUCGCUCGCUGUGCCAGUCAAGUACCAGACGCUGGGCACGUUCCAUGAGUACUAUGCGGGCACGCGCGUCGCGCCCGUCCUCACCAUCGUCAUCGGUGGCAACCACGAGGCGAGCAACUACAUGUGGGAGCUGUACCAUGGCGGCUGGCUCGCCCCGAACAUUUACUACCUCGGCACGGCGGGCAGCGUGCUCGUCGACGGGUUGAGGAUAUCAGGCGCGAGUGGUAUCUUCAAGGAGCACGAUUACCGGAAGGGCCACUUUGAGCGCAUGCCCCUCACUGGGUCGCAAGUGCGUAGCAAGUACCAUAUCCGCCAGUAUGACGUGGCCAAGCUCAUGCAAUUGCCUCGCUCCAACUCGUCAAUCUUCCUCUCGCACGACUGGCCGAUCUCCAUCCCCCACUACGGUAACACCCAGGCCCUACUCUCACGGAAGCCCUUCUUCCGAAGCGAGGUGGAGAAGAACACGCUCGGAUCGCCGCCACUGUUGACAUUGCUGGACCACAUCCAGCCGGCGUUCUGGUUCUCGGCCCACCUCCACGUCAAGUUUGCCGCGUUGUACGAGCACCCGGUCAGCGACGACACGGUGCAGAGGAAGCCGACGGUUCCCGUGGCGCCCCAGAUCAUCGACUCAAAUCCCGACGAGAUUUCUAUCACAGAUGACGAGGAGGAGGCUGUUCUCGCCGAGGUGGCUGCCGAUACUGGCAACCCGGACGAGAUCACAUUAUCAGAUGACGACUUUGACGAGCCUGCGGGGGAGCAGACUUCCGCACCAGCAGAGGUAGCCGCGCCCGUCGAGGCACCAGCAGCCCCCGAGGCAGCGGCAAAUGGCAACCCAGAAGAAAUCCUCGUCGAGGACGAAGAGUUUGACGAGGAGCCCCAUGCUCCACCACCAGCCCCGGCCGACGGUCCCUCUGUCCCGCAAACCUUUGAGCCGGCCCUUCAGCGGGUUGAGCCCAAGGUUGGCCCCCAUGGAGGACCUGUCACCCAGUUCCUCGCGCUGGACAAGUGCGGUGCGGGCAAGGAGUUCAUUCAGUUCCUGGACAUCCCCUCUCCGGAGAUGUCGCCGGAGGACCAACCUCCUCGCCUCACGUUCGACCUCGACUGGCUGGCGAUCACACGCGCACUGCACGGCUACAUGUCGACAGAGUACGACCAGGCGCCACUUCCUGACGCGCCAAUCCUCGACGCCAUGAUCGACGACGAGAUUCAGCGGAUACGACAGGAGGGCUUGUUAGUCCCGGCGCCACUAAGCGAGGAGAACCUUGCGCAUGGCGCCGUCCCCCCAUUAGUAUGGGAGCGCGGCCCUGUGGACGUGGGUCGCGUACAGCAGUUCUGGCCAACAGCACCGCCCGAGGGCCAGCCUGGUGGCUCUGCCUCUGCUUGGUACACCAACCCUCAGACUGAGGCCUUCUGUGGCAUGCUGGGUAUUGACAACAAGGUCAACCCCCGGCCACAAUAG